UUUUGGGUGUUUUUGAUUCGCGCUCGGAAUUGCAGAGAUGGAGAAGGAAAAGAAGUCUCCCGUGUCCGAUGUGGGAGCUUGGGGGAUGAAUAUUGUGAGCUCUGUGGGCAUUAUCAUGGCCAACAAGCAGCUCAUGUCUCCCCACGGCUUUGCUUUCGGCUUCGCUACAACUUUGACUGGAUUCCAUUUCUCUGUUACUGCUUUGGUCGGUUUGGUGUCGAAUGCCACCGGUUACUCUGCAUCAAAGCAUGUUCCUCUAUGGGAACUUGUUUGGUUCUCACUUGUUGCCAAUGCCUCAAUCACUGGGAUGAACUUGAGCCUCAUGCUUAACUCUGUUGGAUUUUAUCAGAUAUCGAAGUUGAGCAUGAUUCCAGUGGUUUGUGUGAUGGAAUGGAUUAUUCAUGGAAAGCAUUUUUCACGGGAAGUCAAGAUUGCGGUGGCUGUAGUGGUUGUAGGCGUGGGUAUAUGUACUGUGACCGAUGUGAAGGUCAAUGCUAAAGGCUUUCUGUGUGCCUGUGUGGCUAUCUUGUGUACAUCCCUACAACAAAUUUCAAUAGGUUCCUUGCAAAAGAAAUACUCGAUAGGCUCUUUUGAAUUGCUCAGCAAGACGGCUCCCAUUCAAGCUCUAUCUCUUCUUGUUCUUGGUCCAUUCGUUGAUUACUUUCUUACCGGAAAACUUCUUACUGAUUACAAGUUGUCUACUGGUGCAUUUUUUUUCAUUCUACUCUCAUGCUCCUUAGCAGUGUUUUGCAACAUCAGCCAGUACCUCUGCAUCGGCCGCUUCUCAGCUGUCUCUUUCCAGGUUUUGGGCCACAUGAAAACAGUAUGUGUCCUGACAUUGGGGUGGCUACUCUUCGAUUCCCAGCUCACAUUCAAAAACUUGCUUGGCAUGGCUCUAGCUGUUCUUGGCAUGAUCGUAUACAGCUGGGCCGUGGAGGCUGAGAAGCAAUCCAAGGUCCUCCCUAGUCAUUUAUCAGAAGAGGAUCUGAAACCGCUGAAGGAGGGAAUGUCGGAGAGUCCAUUGAAAGACGUCGUGAUUGGCGAGUCCAAAGUAUAAUCUUGCGGUUUUCACUGCUCAAAGGCAUUUUCUGAGGUACAGGAUGAGCACAUGUUUUGACAUUCAUCUGCUCGUCCAGCACACGCUUUUACAUCAUCUAAUUCUAUUUAUUCACAAAAUAUGUUCAAUCUUUUUCUUUUCCUCUUAUUUAUUUUUGUCAGAAAUCGAUUAAUAAUUGACGUUUAGGCUGAACCACCCGUUGAUGGUUGUAAAAUAUUUUUGUAUAUGGAUUUCAGUAUUCAGAAAGAAGUACAACGAAUUAAUGGUUUGUUUCCUUUA